UAACUUCUUGAAUCUUACUGAAUUUGAUGAUAUAUGAAAAUAAAGGGACCUUGUGUUUGAAUAAGAAAAACUGUCCGGUCCUUGUGGAGUUCAGUAAUUGCUUAGAGACCCUUAGAUUUUCUCUCUUUUCCUCCAUUACACCAAUAAAUUGCAGCAUUCUGGUUUUUCUCACUUCCAUGGCUGCUAUGAUCUCUCUCACACUUUUGCGAGGCCCUUCCAUAGUGAAAGCUUUGGGUUUCAUAAAGGCAUCAAAUUAUAUACCAAGAAUCGUACCAGCCUCACGUUAUCCUCUUCAAUCUCAAAGGUCUUAUGUAGCUGCUGCACAUGAUGAGGAAGCAGCUGCCAGGGCAGCUGCUGUAAAUGCUGAUACUGGAGCUCCAACCAUAUUUGAUAAAAUCAUUGCAAAGGAGAUACCUGCAUCUGUGGUAUACGAGGAUCAAAAGGUUCUUGCUUUUCGCGAUAUCAAUCCUCAAGCUCCUGUUCAUGUUCUAAUUAUCCCGAAGUCGAGGGAUGGAUUAACAGAGCUUGGAAAGGCUGAACAAAGACAUGAAGAUAUAUUGGGCAACCUCCUUUAUGCUGCCAAGAUAGUAGCGGAGAAAGAAGGCAUUGUAGAUGGUUUUCGAGUUGUCAUUAAUAGUGGUCCCUCUGCAUGUCAAUCUGUAUACCAUCUUCACUUGCACGUACUUGGCGGCAGACAGCUGAAAUGGCCCCCGGGUUAGAAUCAAGCUUGGUUGCGAGCAAGUUUUCCAAUCUCUCCAUUGAUGUAACAUGACAUGUGAACCGAUGUUCAACAUCUGAGCAUGCAAUAAGUACUAUUGUUAGAUGUGAUUCAAGUAUAUUUGGUGAAUGACUACAGAUACUUUUCUUCAUUGCAGUAACCGACUAACCGUGUAUGUUCUUGAUCAACGUUUUAUCUGCAUUUGCAUGAAUGCUGUGAAGUACUUCAACUGUUUCCUUCUCAAGAAUGCCCUUAAUUGCUUC